UAAAAAUUUAGCAUCAUGGCAGCCGGACUUCAUAUCGGUUUGCUGCUCAAUCCUGCCUGUCGGCUGAGGACUGUGACGCAGCAAUCAGAAAAGCCUGUCGCCGCAUCCUGCCGUCAGCGCCCCUCAGCAAACCCCGCGGCCGGACUCGUCUUAUCUUUUCUCCUUCCGCCACCAAUUGCCCGAAGCGUCCUGUCCCUCCCAGCUUGUUCUGGUCACGUCGGCUUCACACCGCACACUUCCUGCGAUCUGGCACAUCACGAGCCUCGUCCACUACCAUGGCUCCUCUAAACGGGGCUACAGGCAAGCCAAGCGCAGGCGGCGGCCGCUGGGCCCCUCAGAAACCUGUAGUCCCAGUCGUCCCAGUAGUCCCUCUGCCUUACGUCCGGCGUCAAGCUAGCAGCAACCCUCGACGAGCUGCUGUCUCCCAGUCCGCGCCCCUCCAGCAGACUGGCAACAAUCCCGCCGCCAGUAAUCACCACCAGAAUUACCACCAGACGGAGCCUCGAAAGAAGGAACAGGACGAGGGUAGCCAGACGACAGCAACCGACAACGGCACCAGAAAAGGCACCGGCAAAGCCUACACGGAGGAGACUCCGCCGGCCCGGGAAGCUGAAGCUGCGACGCCACCAGCUGCACCGGCCAACGUCGCACCUGUCGCGCCAGUAUCACCGCCUCUCGCUUCACCAAGCAAGAAGGAUUUCGAUACUCCGACCGCACCUUCUGCUGCCGCUCCGCAAGAGCAUCUGGCCUCGCCAACUCCGACCCGACCGCGACACCAUUUACAAUCAAACGGAGAUUCCGGCAACCAUUCCGCGCGUCCGGGCUCUGUCACGAAAGCUGCAGUGACCCAUCACCGCCACCCCCACCCAGCUGCAAUGAACCAACACAGGAUGCACCAAACCCAUCCAAGCAUGGGCAGCCUGAUCUUUGGUGGUUUCUACGGGUCCAACACCACAUCGCCAGCUCCCCAUUCCGGCGGCGCGUACCGGCCUCCCGACCUCAUGUCCUACCCGCCUGAAGCGAUGCCAAUUCCCGCUGUCGAUCAAUACGGACGUCCUUUGCUGGUAUCUCCUACAGCUGACGGCUUUCCUCCGCCGGCCAUGAGCCACCAUGGCCCUCCGACCCCUCACUCCUUCCAUGGUUCCCAGUCCUCCAUGCAAGCUGAGGAGAACGGCUUCGCCCACUACCCUGUUAUGAACGGUCACGAUGGCUACCCAGUUCAUCAUCCCAUGGGACAACCACAGCGACACAUGGCUGCCAUGGAUCGUCAUAUGGCCGCACUUCCGCCUGUGGCGAGUGCUUCCGCUUCGGAUUUCGCCAUCUCCAGAAUGCAAAUCCAGACCCUGAGUUUUCUCCGGGGUGGCAUUGAACAUGGGGAUUUCUCGGAUUGUACCCUUGAACUCCACAUCGCCAACAGCCCUCCGUCCGCGGACCACGCAGGACACCAUCAAAGCCAGCCUUCUCUGCGUAUUCCCUGCCACCGAUUCAUCUUGUCUCAAAGCCCAACCCUGAAGCAUAUACUGCAGACGAGAGGCACAUCCCCCGAUGGAGUUCUCCUCCUCGACUUGCAGGACCAGUAUCUGAGGCCGGAGGCCUUCUAUUUCACAAUCCGGACUCUCUACGGAUGGGAUUUCGGUGAUGACUUCCUUCCUACCUACAUGGGCUUCCAGGGCGUCAAGGAUGAGUUCGACCACGCGCUCGGGUACGCCGCCGCCGCGAGGUAUCUUCAGCUACCUCUCGUGCAUGCGAGAGCUAUCCAUUACGCAUGCCGCCGUCUGCUACACUGGGAAACCAUCGAGAAGGCUUGCGAAUUUGCCUUGCCAAGUGCCAUUUUUGGGCAUCCAGCAAGGCAUGAUGCGUCGCCCUCUACCGAGCACUUCAGCGUCGCCGAGCUCUUGGACGCCAUCAUUGCCUUUGUCGUCAACCGCCUACCUCCGAACUUCGUCCUCGAUACCACCGUUGGCGGCUGCGGGUUUUCACGCCUCCCCUCGCCCAGCCCCGUUCCUCCACGAACGCGAAAUAUGCCAGCGAUAGCCCGCGGCACAUCUGGUCCCGGCACGGGCUCCCAUAGCCGCCACCCUUCCAACGCUCAGGCUCAGAUGCCGCGAAACCCUCGCCUCUCCACCAAUCCACGCCUAUCCCAGAUCCAGUUCGGGGACCUCUCCCCUCAGGUGGAAAACGGUGCCGAGUCUGGGGACGGGGACCAAGGAGCCGCGGCCGCCACAGCUCGUAUGCCGACGCCGUGGGAUACCAUUAUUUCUCGCAUCCUACUCAACCUCCCGUUCCCGCUGCUCAAGCAGGUCCUCGAACACCCUGCCUUGUGCAAGCCUUCGGGGGAUCUGACCAUGCAAGCGCGUCACAAUCUCAUAACGAGCGUCAUCGCUGAGCGAGAGGCUAGGCGGCUGCGCACCCUUGUGGAGGGCGACCCACAGCUGAAGGUCUUCCAGGAGAGGCUUGAUGGUGCGGUUGAGCCGCUGCCUGUUCAACAGAUGGGCGACUUCCUGGUGAAUAACAUGGGCUUCAAGGAGGAGGUUUUCCCUGGAGACGUUCCAUAUCUUGUCCAAAGCUGGGUGCACAGCGGCUCUGGGAGUAUCAGCGCCUGAAGACGGACCGCCGGGACGAUGGGACGCUCUCACACCACGUCAAGACAUGUGGCGAAGACAUCAUGAGAGAUGAACUAGGAGUUUGCAUUUUGGGGCGGAAAACGUCGGCAUUCGCAUUUGCAUUUGCGAUACAUCGAGUGGUUUAUUGGCACAUGCCUUGGUCUGGUUUCAUACAUCCUUGGCCUUCUUCUCGUCUAUUUCCAC